UCUCGGAGUAGUUGACUAAUUGUCUCACGAUACACGAAAUUCUAGGCCACCACGAUAGUCACACUUGUGUCAACUUAUUUAUAUAAAUAUAUGUCGAUGCCGUAUUAACAACAUCUCACUCUGCUUAAACCAUAGCAAACGGAACUCAGACCACCGACAGUCAGAUUACAUUGCCCAUCAUGGUUAACAUAACUGCACCCCUUCGUAUCGGCUACGUGCUGUUCCCGGCCUUCACAUCGAUAGACGUCUUCGGGCCUCUGGGUGUGCUGAAUCUAGUCUCCAUGAACUAUAACCUGACGCUGUCGCUGCUGUCGACGGACCUGGAGCCGAUCAGCGUGGACCGUACCAUCAUAGGCGGUGUGGGUAGUGGCGUGGGCGCUGUGUCGGCGUCACCCAACUUCACCGAGUUCGUCCUCCCGACGCACACUUUCGACAACCCGCCGGAUCUUGACGUGCUCUUCGUGCCGGGAGGCUUCGGUACCCGCAACAUCAACGGCACGCAACCCCACGUCGACUGGAUCCGCAGCCGCAUCGAGCAGGAGCCUAAGCUCGACUACUUGAUGAGCGUGUGCACUGGCGCCUCGCUUUUGGCGCGUACCGGCAAGCUCGAGGGCAAGAACGCUACUACGAACAAGGCUGCCUUUAACUGGGUCAAGUCGGUCGAGCACGCCGACAAGGUCAACUGGAUCGCUAAGGCCCGGUGGGUCGUCGAUGGAGAUAUCUGGACCAGCUCGGGAGUCAGCGCCGGCACGGAUAUGACCCUGAAUUGGGUUGAGCAUCUGUACGGGAGGAACGAAAGCGAGAGGGUGCGAAAUCUCAUGGAGUGGAAUGCGAUGAACCAGACCGAUGACCCGUUUGCCGAGUACUACGGACUGGUGUAAGUCACCGGAGGUUGAGGGUUCGCGUUUCGCGUUUCUUAGCUCUGAACUGCGUCAAUUAUACCCCCCAAAUAGCACCAUACGCAUACCUCUGGCCAUUACUUUACCUCGUUAGGCAGACGCAGCCGUCGGUGGAUUUACCUAGCAGCGUAGGACGGAGAAAGUUGCUAAAAGGGGUAGGGGUAGACUUAGGUAGUGACAAACAGGAGAUCACCAGAGUCGGCAACAAAAGGGCUCGCUUUAGUUCGCUUUAGUAUGAUCAAAUAGUAUGAUCAGAUCAACUUUAACCGCCGAUUUUUUAGUUUCAACUAGCUACGGGCUACGUUGACAUGUCGGAGUGAAGUGGCUAUAGAGGUAAUUACCUUACUUGCCAAGUGUGGUUGAUUAUUGUCCAUGUUACCUAAAGAGUAUUCGAAUUGUAGAGAACCUUGGCGUCUAGAGUACACCAGUCUUCUAGACAAGUGCUAACAUUUCUAUCUGCUUACUAUUGGCUAAGGGACUAAAAGUGGCUUGUCAAAGGGAAGACCAAAAGUAAGACAAGUCUCACGGAAUGC